UUUUCAUUUCUCUUUGUUAAAUUUUCAUAAUCUCAUGGUUUAUUGUACAAUUACUCCGCUUUCCACUAUAAAUAUUGCAUAGUACACAAAACCAAAACAUCAAACUCCAAUCAAACCAAACUGGUAUCAGUAUUACUAUGGUGAUGGGUGCAUUGUCGUUGGAUGAGAUCAGAAAAGCACAAAGAGCUGAUGGACCAGCAAGCAUCUUGGCCAUAGGCACUGCCAACCCUCCCAACCAAGUGACCCAAGCAGAGUAUCCAGACUACUACUUCCGCAUCACCAACAGUGAACAUAUGACCGAUCUCAAGGAGAAGUUCAAGCGCAUGUGCGACAAAUCAGUGAUAAGGAAACGUUACAUGCACUUGACUGAAGAGUUUCUCAAGGACAACCCCAACAUAUGCGCCUUCAUGGCUCCUUCCUUGGACGUUAGGCAGGACAUCUUGGUGGCCGAGGUCCCUAAGCUUGGCAAAGAGGCUGCAGUGAAGGCUAUCAAGGAGUGGGGCCAGCCCAAGUCCAAGAUCACUCAUCUAGUCUUCUGCACUACCUCUGGUGUGGCCAUGCCUGGUGCUGACUACCAGCUCAUCAAACUCCUUGGUCUGUGUCCUUCUGUUAAGCGUGUCAUGAUGUACCAUCAAGGCUGCUACGCUGGUGGGACUGUCCUCCGUUUGGCCAAGGACAUAGCUGAGAACAACCGUGGCGCUAGAGUACUUAUUAUUUGCGCUGAGAUUACAGUAGUCACCUUCCGUGGGCCCUCUGAGACCCAACUGGAUUCCCUUGUUGGACAGUCCUUUUUUGGCGACGGCACCGCUGCACUCAUUGUGGGUUCAGACCCUGAUACCUCUGUGGGAGAGAAACCAAUCUUUGAGAUGGUGUCUGCUGCACAGACCAUUCUUCCUGACUCUCAAGGAGCCAUAGAAGGACAUCUGAAGGAGGUGGCACUCACAUUCCAUCUCUUGAAGACUGUCCCCGGUCUCAUCUCAAAGAACAUUGAGAAGUGUCUUGAAGAAGCGUUUAAACCGCUGGGGAUAAGUGACUGGAACUCUCUCUUCUGGAUAGCUCACCCUGGAGGUCCAUCCAUCUUAGACCACGUUGAGAUAAAGCUAGGACUGAAGGCAGAGAAGAUGAAGGCCACUCGUCAUGUCCUCAGCGAGUAUGGAAACAUGUCCAGUGCCUGUAUCAUUCAUCUCAGUGGACAUUGGUUUUGGUUCAAGCAUGUCUUGACUAUGCACAAUAUACAAUGGUGGCAAAUUGGCUAAAAUAUGGAAAUAAUUGAGUUGCAAAAAAUCAAAAACUCUUAUCUUGUAGCAAGUUUGCACAAGAUAGUUAUCAAAAACAUAUUUUUCUCAAGAGGAACAAAAACAUAAUACAAAUCAAAAACUCUUAUCUUGUAGCAAGUUUGUUGAAGGCGGCUAUUCUUCACCUGCAAAAUGGUCAGAACAUACCAAAUGAAUUAUUUAAACAAGACCUUAUGAUCAAAGGUGCAGUUUUGAAAGCUUACAAUGUUCAUGUCCACAGAGAGCUCUUCAAACCAUGUCCUUAUGUCUUUCUCUUUGUAAACAGAAGCAAUGUAAAUGCAAGCGAGCGUGAUGAGAUAAAGUGGGUGUAUAAGGAUAAAGGAUGAGGUCCAUCCCUGUAAGUGUCGUUGACAAGACCCCUAUAGUUUUCCACAAAACAUUUUAAGCAUCAAGAGACCAUUUUAGCUUAACUAAAGGACAAAAGUUUUGGAUACUUACCAAGUUAAAUAGGUCAUAUAUACUUGUGUCAUUGAGUCCAGAAUCCUGCAAGAACCUGUAAAGCAAAGAAAAAAAGAAUCAAAACGAAUGCAUAGUGAGUGUCUAGUUGAUUUGGAAGAUCUCUUAACCAAAGAUAUGCAAAAGACUCACUCAGGGAGAGAUCGGUAUGGGUGGAAUACAACAAGAUAGAAGUUCAAAGCUUCCAAGAUCUUCAUCUCCAUUUCCAACAAGAUAAAAUUUAAUAAUUAGUAACUAAAAUUUUUUUU